UCUCUCCCCUUUCACCGUUUUUCUUCCUUCAUCUCACCCAGAACCUGCAGCCACUUUGCAUGUCUGCAAAUUUCUUCUCUCUUCUUGAAUUACCGGAACAAUUAGGAAGAUCAAAUAACAGUUGUGGUGCUCUUGUGAAGAAAACAAGAAAGCAAUUGCUAAUGUCUUUUUCUCGCUAUUUAUUUCAGUUGCUGCUGGAAUCAAUGCUUCGAAUUGUGAUUUUGUGGGGAGCAAGACGGAAGUGGGUCAGUUUAUUUGUGCUUAAAGGAAGGAACUUUUUUGGUGUUGGAGGGAAUUAGGAUUUUGGGUGACUUGUUAUUUGAUAGUGAGCUUGGAGAGUUUGGAGAGUUGAAUGUAAGGUUUGGUGGCUUUACAGGGUGAUGUGGUAGAGAAGCUGAUAUAUCAGAUAUGCAAGAACCCUCAUCCAAAUAUUGUUGUUUUAACUGUUGCAGCAGUUUCGAUAUGGCAGGUUUGUUCAACAUAAGUUAGGAGGGCUAUCUGUGUGUGUCUUGAUAUGAAAAGAUGCAGCCUGAUUUAUCAUUUGCGGAUGAAGCAUGACCAAACGUUUCACAGUUUACCAAAAGAGCAGCACAGAGACGGAAAGAGCAAAAGUCUGGUAGCAUACCAUGAAGUUGGGCACGCCAUCUGUGGGACAUUGACUCCAGGGCACGAUGCCGUUCAGAAAGUGACCCUAGUUCCACGUGGUCUUACAUGGUUCAUUCCUGCAGAUAAUCCUACCUUGAUCUCCAAGCAGCAACUAUUUGCAAGAAUUGUUGGUGGGCUUGGUGGUAGAGCAGCAGAGGAAGUGAUCUUUGGUGAGCCAGAGGUGACAACAGGUGCAGCUGGUGAUUUGCAGCAGAUCACUGGUUUAGCCAAACAGGUAACCAAUAUCCGCCAUGACUAUCUGCACAUAGGAAUUUAAACUGUCCAGCACUAUGAUCCUUACUUUCCUGAAAGAGAUUUCAUAUCUUGUGGGAUUUACAUAUGAAAUGAAUCCUAUAACUCUGACUAUAUUGCUCUUUAGUGUAGCUCAUUUUUGUUGCUAUAUAUCAGUAUAUAUCAGUUUGUAUCAGUUUGUUGCUGGGAUCUCGAGUUUGUAUCAGUUUGUUGCUAUAUAUCAGUUUGUAUCAGUUUGUUGCUAUCAAAUUCAAGCUGUUUCUGUUUGUUGCUA